GGCGACAAACAGAGCGCGCUCGAGACCAUUUCGCUUCUUCACUCGCCAUCGAUUUAAGAAGAGCAUGUUCUUGGAAAUGUUCGACUCCAUUAGAGACGAGAGAGACACAGGGAUUCUUCACUUCUCUUGUUCUCGCUGAUAAAGGAGUUUUGAGUUCGGGACUCUUUCAGCGAUGGCCGACCGCGUCCACCCCAUGAAGAUGCAGGAGUCGGCGACGCCUGACGCACCGGAGAAUCCUCGUUCCACUGCAUCCUCGACCACCUGCAGUCUUCCCGUCCGCAAACCCACUCCGGCGCCCGGAACCUACGUCGUCCAGGUCCCUAAGGACGUGAUCCUCCGACAGCCUCCGCCGGGAAACGCCCACCUAGCCAAAGUCUACGCCCGUCGCGCCACCUGCCGCCGCAGCCGAUGCUGCCUCUGCCUCGCCUGGCUCGUCGCCCUCCUAUUCCUCCUCGCAAUCGCGGCCGGCGUCCUCUACCUCGUCUUCCGCCCCCGCGCGCCACGCUACACCGUCGACGACCUCUCCAUCUCCUCCUUCAACCUCAGCGCCGCCACCCUCUCGCCGGUCUUCGACGUCGCCGUCCGCGCCGACAACCAACGCAACAAGAAGGUCGGCAUCUACUACGGCGACGGAAGCGACAUCACGGCGGCGUACGACGGCGUGACGCUGUGCGAGGGGAAGUGGCCGGCCUUCUACCAGCCGCCUAGGAACGAGACGGUCUUCGUGACGGAGCUGCGGGGAACGGGGUUAAGGCUGGCGGCGGAGGUGGAGCAGGCGCUGACGGCCGCGCAGAGGCAGGGAAAGGUGCCGCUGGAGGUGAGCGUGAAGGUGCCUGUGAGGGUCAAAUUCGGCGCCGUCAGGAGCUGGACGAUCAAGGUGAAAGUGAGGUGCGAGGUUACGGUCGACGGGUUGAGGGAGAAUGCCGUAAUCCUCAGCAGGGAUUGCAGUGUGAAGGUGAAGAAGGUUUUGGGCUUUCUUGGACUAUGAAAAUUGAAAAUCUAAUCAUCGUGAAUUCUUCUGCAUACCUGUAAAUGAGUUUAAUACUGACGACAUUUACACUGUCAAAUCAAACUGCCUUCAAUUAUGAAUUUAGCCCUUUCAUCUU